UUUUUGGAUCUAGCGCCCUUAUUCGUUCCAAAGAGAUUUCCAAAUGAGAACGUAUCCGACCCAGUUUUCGUCUUUUUCUUUUCAAUCCUGUCUCCUGCCUUUUCAUUACGAUUCACAGAUUGCGGGCGUGAAGCCGUUAAGACUGGCUCCUUUCGCAUCUGCACCGGCGUUCGAUGGAUUCUCCUCGUUGACAGAUGGGUCGGAACUGCUCAUGUUUCGAUCCAGUGUGGGAGCCGAGGCGGCAGUGUCACUUAGACCGAUUUGUGGAAGAAAUACAGUAGUCCUCGUCAGUUGAAGAAAUCCGCUGGUCAGAAGCUCGAGGUAAUUCCAAAUCUUCAGUCAAACUGUUUACGGCCUCUUCAAUUCGGCGUAUCUCCUCUUGUUGAACAGAUUCUAUAUCGACCAUAUCCAAGGUACGGUCCUCCUCGGCAACAAGUGUUCGCUCUAAUGGUUCAAUUUUCUCGCACCUAUCCUCUUCAGUGGUGCCGUUCAGCGGGAACUCCACAUUACCGCUUAUAUUGCCAGAAUCAUUCCCAUCCAUUUUUUUGAACGAUAGACCAUUUUGAAUGGAAGCACGGUCAUACUUAAACGAUUCCGAUUAGCUUACAGAAAAAUUAAACUUACAAAGGAAAUUCUGACAGUCACCCACGUGGUUUUCUUUGUUGCACAACGUAUCCUCGGCAGAAAACGAUCGCUGAUGAGCAUUAAUUGCCUUGAUGUCUUCUAACGAAUGCUUUCUCCAACUUAUAGAGGCAAUCAUCGGAUCAGAUCCAUGUGUGACUGCUGAAUUGUCGUGAUCAUCACCAGCCAUUGGAUCAAAGGAAGCGUACGAGUGUGUGCCAUCGUCGACUUCGUCACCGAUCAAGUUCAACGAAUGUGUAG